CCCCACCGCAAAGCACAAAUCCUCCGCUUCAGUCUUCCAGCGGCAGCGCAAGUGCGCAACCGCUUCCCGGAAAAGGAAAAGAGAAAACGCGCCUCCUCCGGAAACCCUCCCCCACCCGCCGCCAGGAUUCGACGCGAAUUCGGCCACCUUCCCCUGCCUCCCCCGGCCCUCGCCUCUCGCUAUCUCUCUCCUCCCGCAGAAUUCGCGCCCGGAAUCCCGUGCCCCUCCCAUAAACCCUAUCGGGUUCCGGCCUCCAAGGCCAAACCGAUCGAGUCCGCCCGAGUCGCGGCGCAUUGGUUGAGGUUUGACUUUGUACUGCCCUCAAGAAUCAAGAUCGCAUCUCCAGUAGAAGGGUCGGUGAUUAAAUAACGUUGUUUGAUUGCGUCAUUAAUACCUUGGUUAGUACUGCAGUGGAGGCUGUGACCAACUGAAUAUCCUGUGCGAGGGCAACCGAGCAAGUGGUUGGUGUGGGGUAUAUACUACCACGACAUGGCGACCGCAACAAUGGCAACCGCUGCUGGCGCUGCCGCGCUGCUCUACUAUACGCUGAACCGCCGUCUGCACACAGAGAGGCUAAAUCAGGAAGGGGGGUGCGGUAGUGGCAGGGAUGUAGCAGUCAGGGCCGCGCCGGAUUCUCCCAGCAGGAGCCGGGUGUCGCGGAGGGAUGUGCGUGCCCCUGCCACGUGGCUAGAGACAAUCUCAACUCUGUCAGAGACACUGCGGUUCACGUACUCGGAGACCCUUGGGAAGUGGCCCAUUGGGGACCUUGCUUUCGGGAUCAGCUUCCUCCUCAAGAGGCAGGGAAACUUAUCUGUAUCAAGCAUAUAUGCUGGAGAUGAUAGUGUGGAGCUCAAAGGAACUGAAGUAAUUGCUGACUUGAAGUAUCUUUUGAAUUUGUUGACACUAUGUUGGCAUUUUUCCAAAAAGCCAUUCCCAUUGUUUUUGGAGGCGACUGGCUAUUCAGCGGAGGAUGUUCUAAUGCAAGAACCUAAAGCAGGAAUUUUGAAGCCAGCUUUCACGAUUUUACUUGAUAAUGACAGACAAUGUAUACUUCUAUUAGUUAGGGGAACCCAUAGCAUCAGAGAUACCCUAACAGCUGCUACUGGUGCUGUAGUUCCCUUUCACCAUACAAUUGUACAGGAAGGCGGUGUUAGUGAUUUAAUUUUAGGAUAUGCACAUUUUGGGAUGGUUGCAGCAGCUAGGUGGAUUGCAAAGCUUGCUGCUCCUUGUCUAGCAGAAGCAUUGCAUACGUAUCCAGAUUUUAAAAUAAAGAUUGUUGGACAUUCACUUGGGGGUGGUACAGCUGCUCUUUUGACAUACAUCCUGAGGGAGCAGCAGGAGUUUGCUUCUACUACUUGUGUGGCAUUUGCUCCAGCUGCUUGUAUGACAUGGGAACUGGCAGAAUCAGGAAUGCAUUUUAUCACUACAGUAAUCAAUGGAGCUGAUUUGGUUCCAACAUUUUCAGCUGCUUCAGUUGAUGAUCUCCGUUCAGAGGUGACCGCAUCUGCUUGGCUAAACGAUCUCCGUCACCAAAUUGAGCAAACCAGAAUUCUGAGCACUUUUUAUCGAUCUGCAUCUGCCUUGGGUUCACGACUUCCUUCUAUAGCAAAUGCUAAAGCAAGAGUAGCUGGUGCUGGUGCCAUCCUAAAACCUGUAUCUUCCGGAACACAGGUUGUAAUGAGGAGAGCUUGCAGUGUAGCACAGGCAGCAUGGACAAGACCAGCACUACAACUAUCCUCAUGGACAUGUAUAGGGCCAAGGCGGCGAAAUAAUGCUUCAUCUACCUCAACUGUUACCUCAGAAGAAACAAGAAUUUCUAGUGGUGGGUCUGAGUCUACUUCACUGUUGACUGAAACCACUGUAGAAACCACAGAGAUAGUUGCAUCGGAAACUAUACAGUGUCCAUCAGAAGAGGUUCAGAGUUCCGUUGCUGUGGCGGCUGAUGCUGUUGGUAUGUUGGAUGACAAAGUAGAUAGUGAUGAAGACAUCGUUGAUCACCAUGUGGAUGAGGAUAGGAUGACUGAUGUAGAGCUAUGGCAGCAACUUGAAAAUGAGUUGUACCGAAAGAGGGAGGGAGAAAACGACGACAUUGUGGAAGAGAUGACUGAAAGCACUAUUGCUGAGGUCGGAGGCGCAGCUGAAGCUGUGCUUAGUGAGACAAAGGAAGUGCAUAGAUUUUACCCUCCAGGAAAAAUCAUGCAUAUAUUAACUUCCAGCAGAGAAGAGACAGUUGAUGAAGAGGAGUCAGAUGAUCAUCAGGAUGAUACGAAUGGAGAGCCCCAUUGCAGCAUGGGGAUCUUCUUGACGCCAAGAUCUUUGUAUGGCAAACUGAGGCUUUCGAAAAUGAUGAUCAAUGAUCAUUACAUGCCUAUAUAUAGAAGAAACAUUGAGCAGCUUAUUGUUGUGCUUCAGAAGGAUUCGUCUGCUCCUACGGGUGAUAGCGCUAACAAUAUAUCUUCAUAGUUCAAUACAGAUGCCUCCAUGUAGUUUUUAACUUUUGUAGAAACUGAUGAAAUAGGAUGCCAGUUCCGAUAAAUGUAUCUAACAAUAUGAGUCUUAUAACAAUGUCCGCCACAAGUCUCCA